AUGGCUGAUCAGAUGUAUGCGAAGCGGAAUGUGCCAGGGAAAGGUUUAGGUCUCAUUGCGACCAGAGAUAUUCCCAGGGGCACACGAAUUCUUUCAGAGUCGGCAUUGAUUUUAGGACCUGAAUUAGUCGGAGAUGAUCUUCGAUCUUGCAUCUCAGAACAAUGGUCUAAUCUCAAUCGUCAACAGCGACAGGAUUACGCUUCUUUUGGUCAUAUGCACCCAUGCACAAAUGAAAUCGAACGACUAUGUGCCAUUUUCAAUACAAAUUGUCUGCCCUUGAAAGGAACUUAUAUGUCAGAAACCGGCAAUCCAGACGGAUCUCAAAACCGACAUAAAAGAGGCGGGCUUUUCCCUACUGCAUGUCGUAUCAACCAUGCUUGUGAUCGAAAUGCCGGAGCACACUGGAUGGAGAGUAGCCAACAAAUCGCUGUCACAGCUCUGAAAGACAUUAGCAAAGAUGAGGAAAUUACGAUACACUAUCUUGGUCUCAACAAGCCCCGCAGAGUUCGGCGUGCGAUGCUUCAGAAAGAUUUCGGUUUUGAAUGUUCAUGUGGUCUUUGCUCCUUGCCCGCAAAAGAGAGCAAGAACAGUGAUAGGCAAUUGGGGGAAAUACCCAGACUGUCGUUAUUUAUUUUCGGCCGUAUCGCAGCGAGCAGACGCGAUAGACCAUUGCGGGAACUCCGUGAAUUCGACCAACUAGUCCGCCUUCAUAAUGAGCAGGAAACCGGCACUGCCGAUAUGGGACGAAUCUAUGUGGCUAUUGCUGAGGGGGUUCUCAAGCAUAGCGACUUAGCCAGAGGAAAGGUUUUCGCGGAAAGGGCAAUAUCUGACUUUGAAAUAGUCUAUGGCAGUGACUGUAUGGAAAUACAGAAAUGGGGGUACCUAGUCGAUGACCCUACUGAAUACGAAUUAUUUGGGCAUUCGAAGGGAUGGAAAACAACAGUCGAUGCAAUACCCACUGGUCUUUCUCCCGAGAAAUUCGAAGCCUGGCUAUGGAAAAGGGAAUCAGUGCGUUCCGUGGAACAGAUAGUCGACUUUCGAAGCCGCGCCACUUUUCCACCAAUUAUCCACCUGCCCGUCUCAAGCAAUAGCGACUACUACGAGACCAAUGAAGUCUCUUGUUCUAGGGCACGAAAUCAUUGGUGUUUCUUGGGAGAGAUUACUCACACAACUAAGUUUGGAAAUUCAUCAUUGGCAGUAAAAGAUGUUGAUGGCAAAGAGAUCAAGCUUAAAUUCGAAACCGAAGAAAAGGGGAGAGAGUUACCACCAAAUAGAGUCAGAAAAGGAUACACCGUUGCGAUCAUCAACGCAAAACCUCACGAGUUUCCAAUUGAGGAUGAAAACUGUGGUGGAAAGAUUGGUAUUCUUCAUGACGAUGAACUUUGUUUGAAGGUACUGUGCUUAUUAUUUCUAUAUCUCCAUAGCUCUUUUAACUGUCUGUCGCUAACCAUAUGCAAUAUCAAAUAG